CGGCCGCUGUUGCAAAACUGUUAUGGUGAAGCAUGGGACACCUUGGUACUACUUUCGUACUGAUUCAUAUUUUAUCUUGGACCAUUUGCAGUGGCAGUGACAACCAAACCUGUACAAAGUCGCAGUUCACUUGCACGAGCAAAGAGUGCAUCCCACGCAUCUGGGUGUGUGACGGCCAUCAGGACUGCGAGGACGCCAGCGACGAAACCCUCUGCAGACACAGGCCAUGCUCGGGAUUUGUCUGCACAGAUGGCCAGUGCGUCACUCUGAGUGCUAUGUGCGAUGGUCAUGACGACUGUGGUGACGGCUCAGAUGAGAUUCCAGAAUCUUGUGGUGGGCCCAAGUGCAAGCAUGACGAGUAUGUCUGUGCCAAUCAGCGCUGUGUGUCCUCCGUUUUCCUCUGUGACAACAUGGACGACUGUGGUGACGGGAGCGAUGAGGUGUCGUGUGAGGCACCCCACCAUGACCCAGCGUCCCCCAGCACCCCCACGCUACGACCCCCUCAUGACCUCUGUGCCCCCGCCGAGUUCAGGUGCGGGGACGGGGAGUGCAUCCCGCACGCCUUCCGCUGUGAUCACUCGGAGGACUGUGGGGAUGGGAGCGACGAACGGGACUGUGAUAAGAACGAGUGUCUGGAGAAUAACGGGGGGUGCUCCCACCUCUGUAUAGACCAGCCAAUGGGCUUCCUCUGCGACUGCCCACCCGGCAUGAGGCUGGUGGCUGAUGGGAACUGUGAAGAAAUUGACGAGUGCCUGAGCGGUGACGUGUGCAGUCAGAUCUGCGUCCACACCAACGGCACUUUAACGUGUGCGUGCCGGGAAGGAUACACACAAGGCCCCCACACAGGGGAGUGCAUAGCUGCCGGGGAUGCAGCUGUGAUUGCGUUCAGCAGUUCUGCUGGCCUGCGCUCCAUUGACCCAUUGGGGCGAGAGUACCGGCAGGUCACUGGAUCCCCCUCUGCCCCGGGUCCAGUUGCGGCGCUGGUGGCCAACAGAAGCCUUUACUGGGCUGCCUCCGAGCACGGCGCCAUCUACAGGACAACCUUGGAAGGCAACAGGCGUCAGACAGAGGCGAUCCUGCGGAGCCAUGGGACCAUCCUGGGCCUGGCCGUAGACUGGCUCCAUCAUCUCCUCUACUGGACCAACGCCAACAGCCACUCCCUGAAUGUCGCCUCGCUGGACGGGGCCCAGAAGAGAGUUCUGGUGGGGGGUCUGUCCAAGCCAACAGGGGUGGCGGUGGAGCCUUUGGAGGGGCUGCUGUUCUGGGCAGAUGCCGGCACCAAGCCCAGGAUCGAGCGCUCCUCCCUGGAUGGACGGGGCAGGACGGCCCUGGUCACCUCUGCACUGCAGGUCCCAGUGGCCAUUGCUGUAGAUCUGCCCCGCGGGCUCCUGUACUGGGCUGACGCCGGGACUCGUUCGGUUUCACGGGUCCGCUUCGACGGCCAGCAGCGCAAGACGGUCCUGGAGUCCAAUGGCUACCUGGACCGACCCUCUGGUCUAGUUGUGUUUGAGGGCCGUGUGUUCUGGACAGACCAGGCCAGCGGUACGCUGUGUGGCUCCGAUAGGGACGCUGGCAGCUCCCCCCUCCUGCGUCUCGGCCAGGGGACGACCCCUGGGGGGCUGGCUAUCCUACACCCAGUCCUGCAGCCCCAAGGUAAGACACAGUGUGGCUCCUGCACGUCGGCAUGUGUGGCGGAUUUCUUCAACACAGAAGCACCGCCCCGAUUCACCUGCUCCUCACCUUCAGAUGCCACAGGGAAAGCCCUGCCCCUCCCCAGUUUGACAGCAGACCUGUCUGAUGCCAGCUUUGCCUGGCUUGUGUCAAGCAUAGUGUUGUUGAGCCUGCUGUUGGUGGGUCUGCUGUGGUGGUGGAGGCGGUUGACGCCACCCUCCGCUCCCCACUCCGCCACGUCCACCCUCGGGGAGUCAUGCGACCCGCUCAUGCCCACUGUCGCGCUCAAGGAGACUGCCUAAUCUGCCCCAAGGAGAGACACUUCGCAUGGGGCUUGGGGCAUGCGUGAGGGAGCUGGAGUGGAGUGGAGCUGCAUUGUCAUUGUCGUGGUGUGAUGGGAUCUAGUGUCUGUGGAGAGCGGAUUGGAUGAUUUCCGCUGAGUCGGCGUCAACCUCUCCUCACCUCACCUCUACGGUCAUGUGUCUAGUAGCGUCCUCAUACUAGUCUCUCUGCUGACCUUUCCGCUUCCUAACCACCCAGAGGGGAGGGAGGGAGAGAGGUAGAGACACAGAGACAGAGACUGAGACAGAGAGACGUUUCCCAGUGGCUGACUUCCUUAGAUUGAGGGGUUUUUUUUUGCUUGCUCAGUAUCUGGCCGGGGAAAGAGAAAGGGUUGGUGUAAGGUUAAACACAAACCUGGUGGAGGAGAUGAUUGAACUCACUGGUUCACACAAGUUCUGAGAGUCUAUUUGCAGGUUAAUUGCUUCUUAUCCCGGACAGAUAAUAACCGGCACUACUGUUGGUAGUCUCUUUGAUCACUGUCCUUCAAACAAAAUGUGAAAAUGAGGAUUCAUAGGAUGUUUGGAUAUGAUUGGGGUUUUUUGUGUGUGUGUGUCUUUGUGUUUUUCUACUGAUUUCUUCUAUGAAAGCUUUCCAAAAAAAACAAAAAACAAUGAUUCCAGUCGGGGGCCUUUUUCUGUUGAAAAAGAACUUUGGCUCUAGUAGUAGCUGAUACACGCACAACAGCCUUAUGGCACCGUGGUCUGUCUAGGAAACAUAGUGAGCCAGUGAAACACGCACGCUAUGAAGCAAGUGUGUGAGUCACCUUUUACAUAUGCUUGAAUGACUUCCAGAAGAUUAAUUAAGGAUUAACGAGGCAAGAACAAGGAUACCAUUAUCGUUAACGUGGUUGCGCAAGACUUUAAUUAGAGGGCUUGGCUUCUUCAGUUCUUAUAAACCAUGGCGCGCCUGCUUCCUUGGUAUACUGCACACCUUUUACUAUCUGAGUGUUUGCCAUUGAUAAGAAAGCUACUGUGUAUCUGAUAUGGGAGAUGAGCUAUUGGGGAUGGGUUAUUCUCCAUUUGUAUUGAAAUGGUUCGCUGUGAAUCACCAGUGUAACAUGGAAUAUGAUGCCUCCUUGGUACCAAGGUUACCACAAAAUAUUUGUCAUACUGUACUACCUGAUCAUAGAAAGGUUAUGAUGUAUGCAUUGAUUGUGCCUUACUGUCAGUAGAGCACAUUUUUGGCACUUUUGUCUUCCUUUCUGUUCUCGAAUUCUAACAUGUUUUGUUUUAGUGUCAUUAAUUUAAACCUUAGAGACCUAGAGAUUUGAGAGGUACUGUACAAUGAGUAUGGCACAUAUUGGUAACAUAUUUGUAGUGUUUUAUUUGUUCUAUUUUGAGUUUGUAAAUCUUUAUUUAUUUUUGAAAUUUGUGGCCUUGAUGAUUCUGCCUUUAUGUUUGUGGUUAUAUGGUUAGUAGCACCGUUAGAUUGUACAUUUUCAGAAUGCAGAGGAUUGCAAAACUUUGAUUUAAAAAGAUGUAUUGUUUAUUUAAUAAACUAUUUAAUAGAUUUGAAUCAAAGAUUCUGUAGCAUUCCUCUUAUAAUGUCAGUGUAGUUCAAGCAGCUUUUGAAUAAAAUAAAAAAAUAAAUCAAAACCUUAA